AUAUACGGUGCUUACUGUACUUGUUAUGUUUACCCUGUUUUAAAAGGCUAAAUUAAAAAAGGAAAAUCAAAUAAGAGAAAUAUUACAGUAAAUCGAAGAGUUUAAUGUUCAGCCGGGAAAUAAAGCGAGGGAUUCGACAAUGAAACAUUCCGUCUCGCUGCUCUCACCGUGGUAUAAAAUUACUAGAAGCCGACUUUUGUAGCCUUUACACAGCAGAACGUUAUAUUGUUGCGCUGGCCCUCAGUAGCCCCCAGCAGCUGGCCAGAUGUUGGACGCGGAGUCGCUGUCGCUGACCUCGGUGCUGAACACGACGUCAGAUGAACCUGCGCUCACCACAGGAGACACGAUCCAGCCUCACUCCCUCUUUGAUUUACCGAAGCCACUCCAAACACCCACUGCUGCUUUUUAAACUUUGAGCUUUUUUUAACCGGUAAUUUUGUCGCGCACACAGAUCUGUAUCGCUCGGAGACGCCGGUUAUCAGUUCAUCUUCUUUUGGUUUUCGUCGUGAUGGCACUUGACGCGGCUACUGUACGCCAGCCUGGAGAACACUCGGUGGUGGAUGAAAGCGCACAGCUCGUUUGAUUCCGUCUUUAGCGCGAAGGGGUUUUCGCUUUAGCACUUUUACUGUGAAAAGGAAGACAAUCUGUGGGAUCGUCGCAUCCUUGGUUCAGAGUUAAUAUAAUUUCGUUUGCUGCUUUCCUUAUAGCCGCUGCAGUAGGCCAUACUGUGCCGUAAUAAUAUGACGAAUAAGCAGUAAAUUAAAUAUUGAAAAAAAUAGGUCUAAAUACAAAAGCGGGAUAUGGAGUCGGUGAAGACGAGAGCCGCGGCGGGGGCGAAGGAAUUUGCAGGGAAGACCCUCGGCCAUAUGUACAGGGUGAUAGAGAGGAAGCAGAAGACUGGAGAUGUGAUCGAGCUGACAGAGGACGGGCGGCCCCGGGAGGCCGCGGAGAAGAAGCCGCCGCUGUGCGACUGCAGGUGCUUCGGUCUGCCUCGCCGCUACAUCAUCGCCAUCAUGAGCGGACUGGGCUUCUGCAUCUCCUUCGGCAUCCGAUGUAACCUGGGCGUGGCCAUAGUGGGCAUGGUCAACAACAGCACCAUCCACCAGAACGGCAAGAUCAUCAUCAAAGAGAAAGCCAAGUUCAACUGGGAUCCAGAGACAGUGGGGAUGAUUCACGGAUCGUUUUUCUGGGGCUACAUCGUGACACAAAUCCCGGGAGGAUACAUCUCCUCCAGGCUGGCAGCGAACAGGGUAUUUGGUGCAGCCAUCGUUCUAACCUCCACGCUCAACAUGUUCAUUCCCUCGGCUGCCAGGGUCCAUUAUGGCUGUGUCAUUUUCGUCAGGAUAUUACAAGGGUUGGUGGAGGGCGUGACCUAUCCAGCCUGUCACGGUAUCUGGAGUAAGUGGGCUCCUCCGCUGGAAAGAAGUCGCCUGGCCACCAUCUCAUUCUGUGGCUCUUAUGCUGGUGCUGUGAUAGCGAUGCCUCUGGCAGGAAUCCUGGUUCAGUAUUCUGGCUGGUCCUCUGUCUUCUAUGUAUAUGGGUGCUUUGGCAUCUUCUGGUACAUGUUCUGGAUCCUUGUAUCUUAUGAGAGCCCAGCUGAACAUCCAACCAUUACCGAUGAGGAACGUUGCUAUAUUGAGGAGAGCAUUGGAGAGAGUGCUAAGCUCUGUGGACCUUCUGAGAAAUUCAAAACCCCAUGGAGAAAGUUCUUUACCUCUAUGCCUGUCUAUGCAAUCAUUGUGGCCAACUUCUGCAGAAGCUGGACGUUUUACCUGCUGCUGAUCAGUCAGCCUGCGUACUUUGAGGAAGUGUUUGGCUUUGAGAUAAGUAAGGUUGGUGCACUGUCUGCCCUUCCCCAUUUAGUGAUGACCAUCAUCGUGCCCAUUGGCGGCCAGCUGGCUGACUACCUGCGCAGCAGAAAUAUCCUGUCAACUACCACUGUCAGGAAAAUCAUGAACUGUGGAGGAUUUGGCAUGGAGGCCACAUUGCUGCUGGUGGUAGGAUAUUCGCAUAGCAAAGGGGUGGCCAUCUCCUUCCUGGUUCUGGCAGUGGGCUUUAGUGGAUUUGCUAUAUCAGGUUUUAAUGUCAACCACCUGGACAUUGCUCCACGCUAUGCCAGUAUCCUAAUGGGGAUCUCUAAUGGGGUGGGCACUCUGUCUGGAAUGGUGUGCCCACUGAUUGUUGGUGCAAUGACAAAAAACAAGACUCGAGAGGAGUGGCAGUACGUGUUCCUGAUUGCCUCCUUGGUGCAUUAUGGGGGCGUGGUGUUCUAUGGGAUCUUUGCAUCGGGAGAAAAGCAGCCAUGGGCCGACCCAGAACUUACCAGCGAAGAGAAGUGCGGCUUCAUUGACGAGGAUGAGCUGGCGGAGGAAACAGGUGACAUCACUCAGAGUUAUGGUGCAUUUGGAGGUCCGGCCAAGACGUAUGGUGCCACCACGCAGGUAAACGGAGGCUGGGCGACUGGCUGGGAGAAGACGGAGGAGUACGUCCAAGAGGAGGCGCAGGGAGGAAGCUAUGGAUACGGGCAGGAUGAGCGAUACUCCUAGACCAAAAACAUAUUUGCUGACACAUUAGUAGAUUUAUUUUCCCCAGUGUGCAUAUGUUUAGUCAUUAGGAAAAAGACAAAUGAGAAACACUACAACUAUUGUUGUCAUUUGCACAAACAAAUAUAAAAAACAUUUAACAUAUAUGAAUAAACCUAUGUACAAAUUGCUAAAAUAUAUAGAAUAUUUGAAGAUAUCUGAAUAAUAGAGGUGUUAAACAUAUCAAAUUGGCAGUCUGUAAAUGUAUUAAUAUACAUAUUGAUAAUAGAUAUAUUUAUUUGGAGUGCAAUUGUGUGUAAAUGUGAAGAUUUUUGUCCCAUCAGCUAAGGUCUUCUUAGCAGACUGACACCUUUAGGGUUACACCUAGAAGUUGCCCAUCAGAACUGACAAAACGUGUAACUGAGAAACUGUUACAGUACAACGUCAGCCAUUACAGUGUAUAGAUAUGUCACUGCACAGUGCACACAGAAAGUAGACACUUUGUUCAUAUAGACUGUACUGUAUCUCUCCUAAAUGCACUAAAAGUAGUGUUCUUUUAAUGCACCGUACUGCUUUUGUUUUCUGUCAUCAGCUUCUGUGUGUGUAAAUCAGAGUCUCCAACAUGUAAGUGAGCUGGUGUAGAGGUUUGAUAACUUGUGUUGCCUGUUUGGUUACACAUUGUAAAAGGUAAAGACAGAUUGUUCCAUUUCUAAGAUCCAUUUUCUAACUUUAACUUUCAACUGCAACGAUAUCAAGUUUAGCAUUUGAAGCCCAUCAAAUCUCAGCAGUGUAGUGCAGGAGUAAAGCCAUUUUCAUGAUUAUAUACUGACUUUUACUGGAAGUCUAGUUGUACCAAUGCAUUACUUAAAACAAUAUAUAUUUUGUUGGAAGGAUGGAUUUGUGACUUUAUGAAGGGUUUGUGCAAUGAUUUUGGGGAGUACAGUCCAGCCGUAAUCAGUAUACAGGAAGAAGCAGCCUAUUUCACAACAAACCUGCAAUUUAGUUCAAUGAGGGAGAUACACAUACAAUUAUCUGAAACCAAUCAACCAAUAGCUCUAGUUUAAUCAGCUUCCCUAACAAGGCUAGAUAUGGUUUGAUCAAAUUUGAUUGACAGCAAUAUAGAAAACCCAGCGGUUUUCAGCAGCAUCUGAAUCUGAAUCAAACCGAGACAAGUAGCUUUGCCAUGUGAAAAAAACAAAACGCCGGCAGUAACUUGUCUUCGGUCUUACUUGAAAGCCACAAAGCGAUGCCUUUAAAUCUACAUUUUAAAACUAAAACAAAAGGAACAUUCUCAAACAAGUAUUUGAAUGUUUACAUACAUUUAUCUAUAAUUAGUAUAAGGUCCACCAACAGAGAAGGUUUCUAUUUCUAGUUAUAGGGAACAAACAGUCCAAUUUAGACAAAACAUUUGCCGUUUGUCCAUUUUAUUUGCUAAUGCGAACGAGAUGAUCUGAAUCAACAUGUUCUAUAGGAGCCUGGUGAACAGUAUUUUGGAUCCUGACUAGAAAGAACAAGCCAACACACCAUGCCUCCAAAGUCUGUUUCAUUCUGCACUUACAUUGACAAGGUCUGACGGGACCAAUUCUGUUUAAUUUGUCACUUCUCUGUGAAGAACCUAAGUCAGCACUUCACAAUAUAGAUGUGUGUGGAUCUGUAUUUAUGCAUGGAACAAAGUGAAAUUCGUAGUUUGUCCUUUGAGUUACAUUUCUCUUUCAUUUGAACUUGUCUGUCUUUGUCUCAGAAACUGUUACUGAUGCUUCAAUUUCUUUGCACAAUUAACCAAAGGUGAGGAGCUGAGCUGGCUUUUAGCAGGACGUCAAAUAGUCUUAAAGAAGUGCAAACCAUCAGCAGUGAGGAUCCGGCGUACGGGCCCUCGGCAUGCAGGUGGCACCAAACAUUACUCAGUGUACAAAGCAAUAAAUCCAUAGUAACAGUUCUGGUCAAAUGUUGGAAACAGUCAUUGCGUAACUGUUUUUUAUGCAUUGGUUAAAAGUUGUGUUUUUGUGAUAACAAAUGUAGAAAAUAAACACUUGUAAAGAAAAAAUAGAAAUCUAUGUACAAAAAUAUAGUAAUAGAGCCCAACACAAACACCUUUGGCAAAUACAUGCAAAGCGUUUGUACGAGGGCUGCUCACCAGAUGAGAAUGAUAAAACGAGCUCCGUCUGAGAGGCGGACGCUCUUCUUCAUGUUUCUGUUUUUGUACGGUCCACAUGGAGUUUGUGCUGUUGUUUCUUCCUGUGUCAUUGCUCAGAUUUCAGUUGAAUGUUUUUCAUUACGUGGCCUCACCCUGUUGCCCCACUCAGCCACAUGUACCUUCCCUUUAUGGUCCUGGUUACACUGUCAUAAUAUUCAGUACAUUGGGGAUCAACCCUAAACAGGCAAUCCUACAUUUUCAGCAAUGACAAAUGUGCAACCUGAAGUAGUUGAAAAAACAGUUUCUGUGCCUCUAAAGUUACAGUGUGAUUCUUUGGCUUCUGUUGCUGUGUAAAUUGAAAGGUUUGUUGAUGUCAAAAUGAAAUACUCUAUAUCUCGUUUUUGAUAAAAAAAGAAAACAAA